AUGAAAAUACUUGAAGAUGAUGAACUUUGCUUUCCUUCUCUGCUCAACUCAUCCUGCAGGAAGGCCAUGCGUCUUCACUUUGUAUUCAUGCUCACUUACAUUUUAUUAUCCUCCAUAUGUUUGCUCACUGUGACCCUUAACCUGCUUGUCAUCAUCUCCAUCUCCCACUUCAGGCAGCUCCACACUCCCACCAACCUCCUCCUGCUCUCUCUGGCCGUCUCCGACUUCUUUGUGGGCCUCCUCAUGUUCUUUCAAAUUGUGCUUAUAGAAGGCUGCUGGUUUCUAGGUGACCUCAUGUGUAUUCUGUAUCAGUACCUAGCAUACAUUAUAACUUCUGCCUCAGUAGGAACCAUGGUGCUCAUAUCAGUUGACCGAUAUGUGGCUAUUUGUGAGCCUCUUCAUUAUUCCAACAAAGUCACACAAAAGAGAGUUAAGAUCUGUGUUUGUCUGUGUUGGACAUGUUCAGCUUUUUUUCAAUCUCUGGUGUUGAAAAAUAACCUUCAACAACCAGGCAGGUAUAACUCCUGCAUUGGAGAAUGUGUUGUUGUCAAUGACUACAUUUUUGCACUUUUGGAUCUUUUUUUGAGUUUUAUUGGUCCUGUCAUUGUCAUCGUAAUUCUGUAUAUGAGAGUCUUUGUGGUGGCUGUGACUCAGGCUCGUGCCAUGAGGUCUCAACUUGCAGUUUUACCUCUAAAAUGUUCAAUGAUCAUAACAGCUAAAAAAUCUGAAACGAAAGCCGCCAGGACUCUUGGUGUCGUUGUUGUCGUCUUUCUAGUUUGCCUCUGCCCAUAUUAUUGUGUUUCACUCUCAGAGCAGGACACCUUGCUCAGUGCCUCAUCUGCUACGAUUGCAAUAUGUGUGUUUUAUUUCAACUCGUGUCUUAACCCUCUGAUCUAUGCUUUUUUUUACCCCUGGUUUAGAAAAUCUAUGAAGCUCAUUGUUACUCUUGAGAUACUGCAGCUCGGCUCAUGUGAGAGAAACCUGCUGUAG